UCUUUUCUAGGUGAACACUGGAUAAAGAUUCAGCUAACUGAUCUUGCAAGAUGUUGUAAAGUCUAGUGAAGGUACACAAAUCUAUUGUCUCUUGGUGUAGGAUAUUGCUGAUGAACAAAAUCUUAUUGAGCUGAUGUGACUGGUGAGGAAUUCAUUGAAAGAUUUUCUGAUUUGGCCUUUUACUUGCAUUCUUUCAAGUCUCUGCUACUGCUCUGCUCUUACGAGGAAGAAUUGCAUUUUUCUCAAUUUCAGUGGAAUUUAAUGUUAUAUAUAGCCUGUUCCAUAAUUCAAAUUUGCAAUAUUUAGUAUUAUUACUUCAGUUAGAUUUACUUUAUCCUUGAACAUCUAUUACUUUCUAUCGGCUACAAUCUAAGAUGAUUUACACUGCAGUCAUUUUCCAUUAAGUUGAAAUUCCUGUUCUUUGUGUUGUUGAAAAUUACAGCCACAUCUCCAGCUGCCGUUUUGAUUGGUCAAGCUGAAUAUGAGUUUUUCACUUUUUGGGUGUGUGGUGUUGCCUUUUGUCCCGACUGUUGAAAACUCCAGCUGUGGUCCAAUCCAAAGUAAGCCAAAUCCAUUUCAAUGAGGCUGUGUACCGCAUUAAGAUUAUCAUUUACUUUAGAUUUUAUUGAUUUCUUAUAUAGAUUUGGAUAUACAUGACAUUUUUAAUGAUAACCAAAAUCUUUAUACUGGCUAGUAUACAAGUAGCAUAAAGGAAGAGCUAUUAUGAGUGCCAAGUGUUGUCACAGGCCACAAUAGUUCUACUUUGAAGACCAUUGGCUUAUGCAAAGUGGCAAAUAAGCAGGACUAGCUUUAGUAUAGCAUUUGUGUAUUGCUUUAAAAAAUUUUAUCGCAGUGUUUUGUCCUACUUGUAGAAUUUUAUCUCCAGUGCUAAAAUAAUUGGAAAACAUGAAAGUGCCAGUAGUGAUAACUGACAAAAUAUUCUGGAAAGCAUAAACUGUUAGUAGCCAGAUAUUGCAUUUUAAAAGCCUCCUUGUCCUGUUUAAGACUAAAGUAGGUAGGUAUGUGAUGGCUAUAAUUUUAUAUUGUACAUAAUACAUGCUUAUCAGUUCACCAUUAUUCUUUUAUCUAUUUAAUUUAGAAUUUUUUUUUGCUCCUUUUCUUUCCCUUGCCUUUGUUUUUACUUUAAACUUUCUAAUUUUGUGGUUAUAUAAUGAAAGCAGUUCAAAGAACAAUGUUGUGACGUCCGCUUUCUUCACAGGUUUGUUUUGUGAUCAUGCAGUGAAAACUGAUAGUGCAGAUGUUUGUCAAUUAAUUAUUAAGGUUCACAUUGUGUCUUUUAGAAAUCUAUUAUUCACUUUACUGAAAGUUAAGUCACACAUCUGAUAUUAGAGUUGCUUAAAUUUUAUUAUGUUACUGUGAACUUUAUACAUUGUGGGUAAUUCUUCUUUCUUUUUUAGAGAAACUAGAAAAAAAAAUGCUGCGGAAAUUUUAAAAGUAUUACAAAUUAGAGGUCAAGUAGAAAUUUUAUAAGUUCUGAAGACAGAUAACAUAAUGGUGAUAAUUGAAGAAUUCUCUUUCUUGACGUCCUUGUAACUUUACUGAAAACAAAUAAACUCUGCAGGAAGGAAUUUGAAUGGAAAUGACAAAAUAAUGAAUAUUAUUGGUCUGGCAAGCCCCAUUAUGUUGUUUAUAAUUAAGGUAUCCACUGUACAGGCUGGAGCUGAAUAACCUGAUUAUAGGACAGUUAGAUGGGGAAUAUGUUGGGCUUUUGUUUCCACAUAAAAAGCAUUUUCCCUUAGUCAGAUGUACCAGCAAGAAACAUUAUUUCAUGCUUUUCUAAUUUGGAAUAGGAAUUUGAUUAUUGGAAAUUGUAUUUUGGUUAAUUAGGUUGCUUGAGUUGAUUUACUUGUAAUUUUUUUAAAACUGAUUUACUUAUAAAGUUAACCUUGUGAACUGGACUUAUUUAUAUUUGAACAACAUCAUUCCAUGCUUUUGUUUUCCGCUACCUUCAAAUAGGAAAUAAAGCCUAAUGAUGAUGCUUAAGUAGAUUAGGAAGUUGUGCUUUAAUUUGGAGAUAAAAUGGAACUAGUGGGGUGUCUUCUCUAUGCUUGUCAUUUGUCAAAUGUCUUUAGUUUUAACUUUCAUGUACGUUUGUUUUUUUUCUAAUGAUUAUAUGCCUUUGUGCAGUCUUUUUGUCACUGAAUUUUUUUUUUCAAGUUUUACUCUUCCCCAGCUAGGCCACCACCUACAAUACAUCUUCCUGUCAAUUGAAUAUUGGUAAAGCUAAUUGGAGUACCAGCCCAAGCCAGAGUGAGAUCGGCUGCAAGCUUGUAAUAAAGAAAAGUAUUAAGAAUGGGCUGGGCUAAGACACUUCAGAGGAGUGUCCAAGGAUUAUACUUGCAUAUUUAUGUAUUAUUAAAAAUUUAAUUUAAAAUUAAUGAAAAAUUCAUGUGUAUAUAAUAAUUUCAUAUGAUAUAUGAUAAAAAUAAAAUAUCUUUAAUUAUAUAACCUGACUGUUAUCUUAAUCGUUUUAUUAUAAAAGAUUUUAUAUUAAUUAUAAUAAUGCUAUAAACAGCUACUCCUUCAAAAUAAAUAAAUCUCACAAAAUAAAUAAUCGAAUUUAUUCAAGAAUUUCCAUAAAAUUCAGUACUCCUUGCGUUGCGGUGACAAAAAUCAGUUUCACCAUAGCUACUCCUUCCCUUCACGGAGUACACAAUGCCUAAAGACGCCAAAUUCACACCCAAUCAGCUUUCUCCGGGACUGAGAUGGCUACAAAACUAGCUGAAGGGGCUGCAGAACAGCUGAAAUACCAGACAUGGGUCUUCAAAGUCCCAAUCCACUGUGAAGGCUGCACGAAGAAAGUCAAGAAAGUUCUUCAGGGAGUCGAUGGUGUUUAUAUGACUCAGAUUGAUCCUCAGCAGCAUAAGGUUACGGUGACUGGCAAUGUCGACGCCGAGACUCUUAUCAAGAAACUGGCAAGGUCAGGGAAACAUGCAGAGCUUUGGCCUGAAAAGCCAGAUAAUAAGGAUAAGAAGCCAGGAAAAUCCAAGAGCAAUGGAAAACAGAAGGAAGUUGGCGCUGGUGAUAACGUCGGCGACAAGGAUGAUCAAAACAAUCUAAAAGAGAAGUCUGAAACCGUCGCUAAAAGUGGUUGUGAUAACCAACCACUGGAUGCCGAGGGCGAGCAGGCCGGUGGGGAAAGCCCUGCUGAAGCUAUUACUGGCGGAGGUGGAAGUGGAGGUAAAAAGAAGAAAAAGAAGAAGGGCGGGCAAAAUGGUAAUCCUAACAAUGAUGGCAGCGGUGGUGAUGAUCAUUCCUGUGGCGCAACUGCAGACGCCGGAUCUCCCACAGCUAUUCCAAGCCCAGCUCCACCUAUGGCAUCAAUGGAUUAUAACCCUCAACCUCAGCACGCAUACCCUUAUCAUCUACCAAUGUAUUAUGCAGCUCCUCCAGCUUAUGGAGUAAACUACAACGCAGCAUAUCCUAGUGCUAGUGCAUCAUACUAUGCUCCUUCCACGCAUGCUCAUCUGUAUUCUCACCCUGAGAGAUACCAGCCACCGCCUCCACCUCCUGAACCAAUCAAUAGGAUGAUUUAUGAUGAUCAUGAUUAUGAUAACAAUGGUGGAUGUUCAAUUGUGUGAGAAAAUUUUGUGAUUGAGGGUAUACGCACGUAAAUCUAUAUAUGAUCUAGCAAUAGUACGUAUUGUGUGGGGAAGGAGGCUAGGGGAGUAUAAUAUAAAUUUGUAAUCACAAGUUUUGUCCCUGUUUAGCUUUAUUUUAUUUAGCUUUAUUAAUUUGCUGCUAUGUAUAUAUAGCUUUGUAAUUUGUAAUGUUAUUGCUGGAUUUCUUGGAAAAAUCUGCCUUUCAUAUUCUCCCAACCUAA